CUCAGAAGGAGUGGAAAUGCCUGGACUCUGCUCAGAGGGCCUUGUACAGGGACGUGAUGGUGGAGACCUACCAGAACCUGCUCUCCUUGGAUAUCUGUUCUAUACAUGUGAUCAAGCAGUUAAAACCAAAAGCAAACAGUGACCGAGGAGAAGUAUUCCAAACACUGAUGUUGGGAAGAAAGCCGUGUAAUCAAACAUUUGCACAUCCGGGGAAUCCAGGAAGACUUCUAGUGUCGGGGCAGAGAUGAUGAAAGAAAUGACAAAGGAAUGCCUGUAACCCAGAAAGGAGAUCACACUGAUGGAAGAGGUAGAUGUGGUAGAAGGGAUGCAGGAAUCAAGCCCAUUGGAAACAGACUUCAAUUAAACGUUCAGGAUAAACUGCAGCGAUUUAAAACUGACGGGGUAUUUUAUGAAUGUGAUGAAGUUGAGAGGCCUAGCAACAGUCGUUCCUCAUUUUCACCAUUUCAAAGAAUUCCUCCUAAUGUCAAAACCAAUGUCCCUAAUAUCCAUGGGAAUGAUUUUAUCCAUCCUUCAGUACAGACACAAGACCAGAAAGCACUCAGGGAGAGACCUUACAAAUGUGAUGAGUGUGGCAAAACCUUUUUUAAUAGAUCUCACCUCAUUAGACAUCAGGUCAUCCACAAAAGAGAGAAAUUAUAUAAAUGUGGUGUAUGUGGCAGAGUCUUUACCCGUAAUUCAACGCUUGCAGCCCAUCAGAGAAUUCAUACUGGAGAGAAACCUUACAAAUGUAAUGAGUGUGGCGAAACCUUUAAUGACAUCUCAUACCUGAGGAGACAUCAGAUCAUUCAUACAGGAAAAAAAGUACAUGAGUGUGAUGUAUGUGGCAAAGUCUUUAGCGGAAACUCACACCUUGCCAAUCAACAGAGAGUUCAUACUGGAGAGAAACCUUACAUAUGUAAUGUGUGUGGCAAGGUUUUUAGUGUAAAAGGAGACCUUUAUAAUCAUCAGUGAGUUCAUACUGGAGAGAAACCUUUCAGGUGUAAUGAGUGUGGCAAGACCUUUAGUAAAAAGGCAAUCCUUUUAAGUCAUUAGAGAGUUCAUACUGGUGAGAAACCUUACAAAUGUGAUGAGUGUGGCAAGGUCUUUAGUCAAAAAUCACAUCCUCGAGUUCACUGGAGAAUACAUGCUGGAGAGAAACCUUUCAAAUGUAAUGAAUGUGGCAAGUUCUUCAGUUGAAACUCAUACCUUAUAAG